AUGGCACAGGCGUCUGCUGUGGCCAAAGCCCAGGAUGCAGUCCUUGCUGAGAAAGCUCGACAACGCCGAAAAGAAGAAGACGAACGUAGACGUAAAGAAGAGAAGCAACAACGAGCACGAGAGGAACAACAACGCAUGCUCAGCUCAAUCCGAGAACAGAAUGAACGACGACAACAACGCAUGCUUCAAGAAAAGCAACGCCAACGUCAAAUUGAACGUCAAAAGACAACGACAAGCAAUGCCAAGGCAUCGACCAAAAAGAAAGCUUCUACAUCUGCAACAACAGGCAACGGGGCGUCGUUGUUCCCUUUACGACCCACAGCAAAAAAGGAUGCACAAUUGUCAUUUGAUGAGCUUAUGGCUAAAGCCAAGGCAAUGCCUACAUCGAAAGCAGCCGCAGUUACCAGCACCAUGAAUAGCAACAGUAACCACGCGACGAUGUCGUCUCGCCCAACAUUAUCUGGCAAACGGCCUCCUCCAUCAUCAUCUUCAUCUUCAUCAUUAUCCAACGUCUCCUCCUCCUCCUCCAUCAACACAGCAACAGCUCAACAACAGCAUACCCAACGCAAUAUCCCAAACAUCUUUCACAGGAAGCGUGCAGCACAAGGUGGGAAGUAUCCACCAUCAUCAACAUCAACAUCACCUUAUUCAGCAUCCAAUGUCAUCUCCUCCUCAGCAUCAUCAUCCAUGUCAUCUGUAUCAGCAAAGGAUCGUAUUCGUCAAAUGUACCGGGAACCACCUCAACGAUUGAAUGCCAAGAAACGUGACACUCGCUCUGUAUCAGAAAUACAACGUGAUAUUCGCCAUUCAAAAGGCAUUUAUUCGGAUGAUGAAGAUACACGCUCUGAUCCACGUCUUAUUCGCAACAAACGACCCGCCAUGGCUCCACGUCCUGGUUAUCAACGUGAUGCUCCUAUGCGCCGUAUGCCAUUCCGACGACCCACGGAUAUACGUCGUCCUCCAAUGAAACGCAAAAUGCGACAUGAAGAAGAAUUUGAUGAGGAAUUGGAUGAAUUCAUUGUGGAUGAUGAGGAAGAGGAAGAAAAUGAUAUCUCUGCUGAAAUUAGUCGCAUCUUCCGAUAUGACAAGUCAAGAUUCAAUGACGAUAUUUUCUCUGAUGAUGAUAUGGAAGCUGAUGCACGGGAAGUCUUGCGUGAAGAACGAAGGAGUGAACGAAUUGGUCGUCGUGAGGAUAUUGAGGAAGAAAAGAAGGAAUUGGAACGACUCAAGCGGAUGAAAAGCAAGGGAAAAAUGAAAGCUUGA